UAUGUGACAACGGCAUGAGUAGUGUCUUGAAACUUUAUCUCAAUAAAAAAAAAUGAGACUACAACAAAUACUCCGCAAUGCUUCUAAAUUCAGAGCCGUCUUCGAUUUCGGUGACCGCGAAAUUGCCCAUUGGUUCCCUGGUCAUAUGGCAAAAGGGAUGAAACAGAUGAAAGCGAAUCUGAAGAAAGUGGACUGCAUAAUAGAAAUUCACGAUGCCAGAAUACCAUUCUCUGGGAGAAACCCACUCUUUCAGGAGAGUUUAGAUGUCCGACCACAUCUGCUGAUUUUGAAUAAAAUGGACCUAGCAGAUCCUUCAAGCAAGCAGAAAGUUCUGAAACAACUUGAGAAAGAUGGUGUGGAGAAUGUCCUGUUCACAGACAGCCUGAGGCAGAUCGACGAUAGCAUCAAGAAGAUAGUUCCCCUUGUGACAGAGCUCAUCGAGAGCAGGCCUCGGUUUCACAGGGAGGAGGACAUAAAUUAUUGCUUGAUGGUGAUAGGCGUACCAAAUGUUGGGAAGUCAUCACUGAUUAAUGCCUUAAGAAGAACUAAUUUGAAAAAAGGCAAAGCUUCCAAAGUUGGAGGUGAACCUGGCAUAACCAAGGCAGUCUUAACCAGAAUCCAGGUCUGUGAAAGGCCUCCUGUGUUCCUGCUCGACACCCCAGGAGUGCUCCCUCCAAAAAUCGAGAGCAUAGAAACAGGAAUGAAGUUAGCAUUGUGCGGAACGAUAUUGGAUCAUUUAGUUGGUGAAGACAUCAUUGCAGACUACUUACUCUAUUCCUUGAACAGACUUGAAAAAUUCAGUUACGUGGACAAGUAUGAGCUGGGAGAGCCCUGCGACGACAUUCAGAAUGUCCUCAAACGCAUUGCUGUGAAGCUGGGUAAAACGCAGAGGGUGAAGGCCAUCACAGGUGUAGGGAACAUCACCAUCACAAUGCCAAACUACACCGCAGCGGCGUACGACUUCAUCAGAGCAUUCCGGAAAGGCGAGCUCGGCAGAGUGAUGCUGGACUGAUUGGGCUGCCCUGCUGAUCACAGUAGCAGCAAGAGGACUCGACCAUUAAAAGGUCCCCAUUCAGCACGAGAUGGCCACGUGAUUAAAAUACCUUGUACAUAGUGCUCGGAACACAUUUGCGCUGAGGCACAGUGCAAUAAUAAAAGGUGUUAUUUUUAUAAAACCCUGUCUCGGGUCAGUGUGUGUGGGAUGUAGGCCCAUGAGGAGAGUUUGUCAUACCAUGAUGAGUUAUGGCAGGUUUGGAUAUUCACAGCUGAAUUUCACCUCUUUGGAAAGUGAAAACAAAUGCAACAAGUGUGUACUUUUAACAGGUCCAGUAAAUUAAAUUCAUUAAGGGUAUUAUUGAGUUAUUGGGCAAAACUGUAAAUGCAAAGGAGCAUGGGAAUCUUUAUUCCAGACCAUGGCCUGUGUUAUCACUAGAUUUUGUAGGCUUUGAUGCUGUUUCACAAAGUUAAUGUGAAAGGAUAUUGGUGUUGCUCAUAGAGGAUACUUGAUUUUAUAGGUUAAAUACUGCUCAGAAUAUGAGGCACUCGCUUUCUACAAUAAUCCCAGGGCUA